CGACGGUGACCUCUUUUCAGGACUAUAUAUAAGUAUGCAUCAAAUAACGUCGCGUUUAAGAGCAGAUAUGCUUGAUAGUUUAGUGGAUCAAUUUGACGGUUUUGAAACCUUGCGCGCAGAUGUUCCCUUGAUUUUUUCAUGCACAGUUAAUAAACGUUAAUAUGUUUGCUGGGACUCGUGCAGCUACACCGGCGUGAAAGUUGAUGCAGUGAGGAUGUACAAAACUUGGUUUCAAACACACAUGGACUCGAUUUAAUCAUACGUUUCCAUGCAUUCAUAACCGGGUCGUCUUAAUAGAAAUAUUCUAUUGGAUCUAAUUACCAAGAAUAAUGGAUCUACGGCGCUCCGUUCGAAUCCUGCGUUUUUUGACAUUAUUGUUGAUCCCAGUUGCAUCUAACGAUGUAUGGAACGUAACUUUCAACGCGUCCGAGCCUAUAUUUGUGUUUAUGCUAUCGGAACAAGAAAUUGCGCUCGGAUAUAAUUUUAUAUGCUACGACGCAGACGAUCAAGAAGUUUUAACCGCCACCCUGUCCAGUUCGGACACAUCUAUAUUUUCUAUUUCCGGAAACGAGACGACGCACGUGCCAUGCGUGCAAAGCCGUUUGCGAACGUCUGCAUCUUCAUAUGAGGGUCACGAAGUUGAAACUGACGUACAAGUAACGAACACAUCAGUAUUACACGAAUACGGAGUACUAAAAAUUAAAGUUAAUGGUAAAAUGUUUGGUUUGGCGAAACUACGGCUUACGAUUCAUAAUGGGGUCGAAACGCCGUCGUACGAACGCAUGUCUCCAGUCUACAAUGAGACGCUAUGGCACACGUCGAAUACGUAUGAAUUUAGUGUGGUGGUACGGCGUAAAAUGCGACCGAUUGACCAGAUUUUUACAAUUAUAGUAGGGAUUGUUGUUAUCGUAAUAACAAUGGGGUUCGGUUGCAAGCUAGACUUGAAGGUGGUUAAGGAAUGCAUUCGUCGGCCCGUGGCCCCCGGGGUAGGAUUUGGGUGUCAAUACAUCGUCAUGCCUCUGCUGGGAUACGGCAUCGCGCGUCUGGUUCCCGUGGACGACCCUAGCUUCAAGCUGGGAAUAUUCCUAUGCGGUGUUUGUCCCGGGGGCGGCCAGAGCAACAUCUUCACGUACCUGCUGGACGGGGAUGUGUCCCUUUCGAUCACAAUGACCUUCAUCAGUACUGUUGCGUCCAUAGGCAUGAUGCCCCUCUGGCUGUACACUUUGGGGCGCACCUUUCUCCAGGAAGACCUCAACCUUACCAUCCCGUACCUGAAUAUCCUGCAAGUGAUCGCCAGUCUCGUGAUUCCCUUGCUCAUUGGCAUCUUCCUCAAGUACAAGUUCAUCAAAGUCGCGUUGGUCAUCAUCAGGUUCCUCAAACCGUUCACGCUCUUGGUAAUGAUUGUCUUUCUCUGCGUUGGACUGUACGCCAACUGGUACGUGUUCAAACUGUUUAAACCAGUCCACAUUCUGGCGGGAUGCCUACUGCCGUACGGCGGAUAUCUGAUUGGUGGAUUCGUCGCCGCAAUUUUACGACAACCGAAAGCGCGCGUUAUCACCAUAGCCCUGGAAACUGGUAUGCAAAACAUGGGCGUUGCCCUGCUGGUACUGAUGAUGAGUCUUCCCUCACCGCUGAGCGAUAUCGCGAUGGUUGGACCGAUGGCGUCGGGAAUGAUGACACCGAUGCCGGCGCUUGUUGCUGCCAUCGGUUACGCGUUGUAUAAAAAAUGCUGCAAGAAAUACGAACCUGUGGCUCUUACUGACGAGGAAAUGAAAGUCAACAAGAAAAAAGAAAAUGGCACUGUCACGGAGAAGCUUACCGCCGUUUAAAAAGAACGAAAGUAAUGGCUAUUUCUAAAGAAUUACUUCCAUUAUAGAAGCUAUUAAGCAAUCGCAACCAAGCCUUGCGUGGCUAUUCCUACAUUCUCUGUUUUUGUUUGGAAUAUUUUGGUGCAAUUAAUUAGAGACUAUAUUGAAGAUGAACAUUUGGGGUGCGUUAAUAAGGAAUUGCGCUUCUUUUUCUUCAAAAUUUCUGGGCGGAAACCCUGUUUUUUAUGGUGCCUGCAUUAAGGCAAAUAAAAUUUUGUUAUUUACAUAA